AUGGCCCUUGCCAACUCCCGGAUAACUCGCACAGGCCCCAGAUAUUUGUCGUCCCCCCUUCGGUGUUUCCAUUCGCAAGGUAUUAGUGGUUCUAGCUUAACAUAUGCCUCUAGCCCUAUCGGGAAUGCCCUCAUCUGCACUAUGUUCCCUGAGUCCGUUUCACCUUCUUCGAAGGCAUAUUCAAUUGAGGAGAUGGGGUUGGACUCAAUGUCACUUCCCGCCCAACCAAACUCUUCCGGUGGAAUGGCGGCCAAGGGUUCCACGACUUCCACUUCCGCGUCUACCUAUGCGUCUUCUUCGUCUAGCGGUUCUUCUUUUGGAUAUUCCUCCAGAUCUUCCUCCUCAGGCUCGGGCUCCUCUUCAUUCUCUUUAUCCAUCGUCUCCUCAUGGACUGACUUUGAAGUUUUCGCUCCUGCCUCUGGGUUGGUUAAUAAGGGUUCUUGUUCAGGUUCGGGAUCCGAGAGCCAGUCCUCGUUAUGA